UCUGAUCCGAGGAUCAGCUGGAGGCAGCAAUAAACACGAAAAUCUGCAGCGUAAAAACUAGAGGAAAGGAGGAGAAAGCUGCAGAUGUUAUGAUCUGAAAACAUCCGUGUAAAAAUUUUUACACGAAGCCCUUCUUCUGAGAAGAAAGCCUUUUAUUUUUAUAUAAUGGUGUUCUAACUACCUCACAUAAAGGCUAUCUAAAGCUAUGCUUUAAGAGUUGUCGUUUCUACUGUGUGUGAGAUCUCGUUUACAACUUGAAAAAUACCGCAAGGGCAGGCCUUUGCUCCAAACCAAGUGAAACCUUAUAUUUGCACUACAGAAGCCUGUCCACACCUGUUUGUCAAACCAAGAUCCAGCAAGAGGCUUCAAGUGGAGAAAAAAAAAAACAAACCAUUAAAAAUCAAAGAACAGCAUAAAAUAGCAACAGACAAGAAAUUCAAAGAGGCAGCUACAGCUUUUUUUAAUUUGUGGACGACAAAAAAAGCACCAGAGUCAUCAACACUUGACAGUACACGCAGCAAUGUUUCAGCGUCUUAGCAACCUGCUAUUUGGGGAGGUGGAAGAGGUGGCAGCUGAGCUGAAGGGACCCAACCCAUGUGUGACUGAGGCUGACGAGGAGGGAUGGAUGAUUGUCAAUCUGCCUGAAGAGUCUGACUGCAUGAUGCAGGUUGAAGAUGGGUCAGAAAUCCCGCUGACUGCACAAUCAUUCCCAGAGAGUAACCUAUCAAAUUCGCAAGACACACAUACAAGGACUGAAUGCCCAGCCUCUGUCCCCCACCCCCCUCACAAGCGUCGUAGGACACAUAAAGGCCGGGCGCAAGGUGCAGUAGCAUUAUCAGACCCUCUGUCCUGUCCCAGCACCAGUCCAUCAGAUAUGGGUGCCACUACACCCGUGACCCUGCCAAGACGGGUUCGACUGUCCACGCCCUCCUCCACCCCAUCGAUGUCCCCAGGCUCUGGGAGUGAGUGUGGGGGCAGUGGGGGUAGCAGUAGGGCAGGCUCAGAGAGAGGAUGCAUGGAUGAGAGCUGGUUUGUCACCCCUCCCCCCUGUUUCACUGCAGAGGGAGCCACUGCAGAGGCCAGCCCGAUGGAAGACCUGCUCAUAGAGCACCCCAGCAUGUCUGUGUACGUCUCCCCGAACAACCUGUCCAUGGUGUCCAACAGCAACCUGUCUGCAGUGGAAGAGGAAAACAUGGUUAGCCUGGGAGGCAGCGUGAGAGCGGCUGAACCAGUUUCAGUACCCGCCACUCACACCACUAUGCCCACCAGGGUGAGCCGUGGAGCAGCUGCCCAGGCCGGCACUCUGGCCAAGGUCACCCAAGUGGCCAGGGUCCAGCGUAGCAAAGCCCGCGUGGAACGGCGUCAUCUGAGCCGUAACCGCAUCCAACGCCAAAACCGCACCAGGGAGCAGGUCCCUCGCCACGCAGCCCACGCCAGAAACACCUUCCUUCACCAGCCCAGCAAGCGUAACGUCUGCCACUAAAACUCCCCAUCAAACAGGGGGCGUUGUUUACUCUGAGGGCAUUAGUAGACACACAAGAAUAAAUCCAGUCAACCACAGCAUUUUAAAUUUCCGUUACACUCAGAUACCUGUAGUUUUUUUUGUUUAGACACAAACUGGUUUCACCUGGUACUUCAUGUCCCAUUCUGCUGUUAUCAGCCGAGCCCUCUGAGUAGAUGUUUUAGACCUUUUUAUGACUUAUUGUCCUACAAAGUAUCCAAACCACAAAAAAGUCUUCAAAACAUUAAAAGAAGCUAUUCGAAGUAAUAAUAAUGUCUGAAAAGCAAGAAAAACUUGAGUUCUAUAAACUUUCUGUCCGAUCUUUCCUUCCUAAACUGAUCCCUCCACAGUGCAUUCAGUUUUAGAGUAAUUCACUCAACUAAUAAAUCUCCAAUAUACUUAUUUAAUCAUUUUGGAGAUAAUGAACUGAAACUGAAGCUUAUUUUACUCUGGUUGGAUGAACAGACUUUUCUGGUGGAAACAAUGCAAGACAGAGGGCUUUUUUUUUUCUUUUUUUUUAAACAGUAACUCAUCGUGUCUUCAAACCUUUAUGUUAAAGAUAUUAAAGAAUUCAAUCAAAAUAUAUUUUUUUUUAGUUCAGAAGAGGUGGAAGGAUAUACCGUUUGUGACAAGAGGGAGAGGAAAGUCACUAGACAUUUGUUUCUCUACGUUAAUGAGGAAAGUAAAAGAUAAAGCCCAGGAAACAUGGAGGAACCCGAUUUCAUUAGAGGAAACCAAAUGUCGCAAGGCUUCUCUCUUCUUCCUUUCUGAAGGAUCAGAGCAAGUCGAUGAUGGUGAGAGUAAGAGCAAAACACAUUAAAGAGUAAAACAAAAGAUGUGAUGAAUAGGAAAAAAGAUUGAAUGAAGAGCAAGGCGGUUAGCAAGAAAGGUCACAGGAAAGUAUAACGUAACCCUCUGAGCAGGCCUUAAAAUCCAUCAUCAAACUUUAAUAGAGAGCUUUAAGAAUAAAGCUCUUGCUUUGCAUAUUUAAAUAGUUUUCUUUGGAUAAUGAAUCUCUUGUUAGCACUCUUAAAAUCAUUACUGAUGAGGGAUUAUAAAUGCAGUGGAAAGAUGCAGGGCUUGCCUUUGGGUUACAGGGUACGGCAGGUUAUGGUAAGUGCUGAGCGGUAUUGGUGGUAACUCUUUAUUUUGUUUUGUCACAUGGUUUUCUGCUUAUUUUUGUCUCGUAAACAGAAAUUUUAUUUGGCAGUUUCUGUUUGCGUGAUUCCACCCAGAGAGAAGAUCUAAACUGUUCCCUGCCAGAGAAACAGAAAGUACACAUUUUACUUUAAAAGUCACGACUGGGGAUCAUAAACAGCAUGAUGGUCAUCAUUUGUGUCCUCUGUAAACUGAAGCAAUGCGCCCAGCACACAUCAGUCAUGCUUAUCCACAGUGUGUGCUGUGAUUUUAUGUUAUCCAUCUGAACAUCAAAAAAGAAAAAAAAAGAAGUAUGAUAUAUUUAUACAUCAGUCCCCUUUGGCUGAAUAAAAAAGCACUAACUUAGCAGGACACAGCUGUUAGGAGAAUACCAAACCUUUUUUUAAAAGCCUAACACAAGCAUCUUCAUCCAGAUUCAACACUUUCAACAAAUAUCAUCGUCCUCAAGGACGUGCAGCGCGUUGCUGAUGUCUAUUUCAUUACUCUCCAUUUCAUAUUAGCAUAUGCAGCUCUAACAGUGUCCACUUAAAGAUCUAGCUUACUGAUAUGUAUUCAACAACAAUAGUAAACAAUGGUGCUGAAGUGUAUAGUAAUAUUUGUAAAUUAUUUCAGAAAUGGAUGUACGUUUGCACUGUCAAACAUUUUGUGAGUCAAAGUUUUAGCAGUGUGCCGUGUGCUUGUUUUUUUUUUUUUCUUCCUUUUGUGAUUUUCUUUUCUUUUCUUUUCAUUUUGAUCCAGACUGUGUGUGAGGUGUCCUGAUAUGUUAAAUCCUAUGAAAAAGACACAAAUAUUCAUCAUUUAUUUCUCUUGUAAAUAUUACAAAACAAUUUAUAAUGCUUUGCUAGAUGUCAUAGUCUCUCAGGACUCGAGUCCGCAUCAUUGUGUCCAAUGGGACUGAUGAGAAUCCAGUCUCUGCCGCAUCUCUGUGCUUGCUUUUUAAAACCAGGAGGGUCACAAGUGGUGUCAUUGCCCCAUCUUCAGUGUCAUCUUGUUUGAGAUGCACCAUUAAAAAAAAAAAAAAACCACCAGGCUCAGAGUUGAUGUGCCAUAGGCAAACACUGCCCCCUGGAGGGCCCACUCGACACAGCAGCUGCUGUGUGAAUGCUGUUGAGGGUCCAGUUUUAUGACAGCACAGUUGUGUUAAAAAGCCAGAUUGAGACACACUGAGGAAAUAGACGUCCUGUAUUGUUUAUGUGAGAUUAAUUAAUUUCCCUUGAAUCACAUACUAAAAGCUUUUCUUUCAUUUCUGCCAGUAAUCCUAUAAAUUACUUUAUUUUAUUCAACUACGAGUUUUUGUUUUAAACAUGACUACAAUUUAUCCCGCCAGUCCCUCAAGUGCAGGGGGAAUAUCUGAGGUGAUGAGGGUGCACACAUACAUAUAAAGACAUGGCGAUCUCUGUUUAGGCUUCCGCACUCUCCAGAGGCUUUUACCAUUCUCACAGUGCCUCAGAGGAAGCAUCUUGUUAGGAAAAAUCAUUUACACAGUGAAAACAGGGUAAUAAUGAAAGAUCACAGGUGGAUUAUGGUUGCAUGCUAAAUCACCACAAGAUACCUCUAAUGCUGCAAACUUCAUUUCUUUGUUUUUUUAACUUUCCCUCCUUUCUCAACAGUGUCAUGUAAAAAGGAAACAUGUUUAGGUAUGCUGUGUGUGAUUAUCGUAAGGUGUGGUUUUUAGGAGGGGAAGUCGGCCAAAACUUGGGGGGAUGGAGUGGGCACACAGCGUGUUGAGCCAAUAUGAGUUGUGGGAUGUGGACAGUGACAACGUGAGGCAGGAGACGUAUAGUUUAUAUAUAUUCAAAAAAAAAAAAGAAAAGAAAUGUAUUAUAAAAAUACAAUAGAAUAUGCUUGUAUUUUCCCAUAUAGUUAUUAGAACAGUUGUUCAACAUUAAGAUAUUUUAAAUGAAAGCAUUGAAUGUCUGGGGAGUUUCAUAUGUUUUAUGUUGUGCCCUGAAAUGACGGCAGCUUUGAAACACUUGGGGUUUUCCCCCAUGUUACAUCUCAGUUAGUACACCCCCCCAACUCCCCCAUGAAAAUGACAGAUAUAGACAUAUAAAAUUUGAUGUAUCUGAUAUCUAUGGUGAUUGUGCCUUUCACUAUUUCUGCAUGGUUUUUGUGAUGUACUGAUUUUUUCCAUACCCAAAGUGGACAAAUGUCCACUGACAGGCAAGACCUAUGCAAAAAUCAAUGGAUGGGUUGUCCAGCAUCCAUUCAGAACACACAGGUACCCGCCAAACCCCCCCCCUCCACAACAAUAGCAACAAUAAAUGCUCAGGUUAAAACCUGAA